ACAAUCCAAACCCAACCCUGUUGUGUUCUCCAACACACUCUCACUCACCACUGUGUCCGUGUGUUUGUUUUCUUAUCCACUCAACGAAGCUGUUGCUGCUUCAGUUCUAUAAGUUGUUUACUCCAAAUUUCUGGUCAAUGGAACAUAGUUUAAAAAGAAAAUAUCCAGAAAAUGGGGAUCAUUUACGCUUCAACAGCUUUUCUCUAGAUGACCUCAAUGAAGAUCUCUUGGAAAGGGUACUUUCCUGGUUACCAACUUCCUCAUUCUUCCGCGCUACUUCUGUGUGCAAAAGGUGGAAAUCAGCUGCUUCUUCAGUGAGUUUCAAGCUUGCUUGCUCACACAUUCCUUCGCGGGAUCCUUGGUUUUUGAUGGUUGCUCCCAAUCUCAACCAAUCUAUUGUCUUUGACGCUGCUCAAAACAGUUGGAAAAGACUCAAUCACCCACAUCUUCUGCUUGAAGACUCUAACAAAAGCUGCAUGCCUGUUGCAGCCUCUGGUGGCCUUGUUUGCUACCGCAAAUUGUCAGGAAACUUCAUUGUGUGCAAUCCUGUGAGCGGAUCUUGUAGUGAACUCCCUCCAUUGCAUUUUGCCCCUGAAAAUCAAUCUCUGAAUGCUGUCGUGAUGAGUACAACUUUCAAAGAUCAAAUCUCCUACAAGAUUGUGUUAAUCUUUGGUGAACUUCCUAAUCUCGUGUUUAAAGUCUACAACUCAAGCUCUGGCUGUUGGGAAGAUGAGACUUCGCUGAGGAGAAAGGUUGAUGAUAAUUCCAUGGAUUGCGAUUCAACUGAUGACAAUGUUAUUUACUUCCUUAGCAAGGCCGGAAAUGUGGUGGCUAGUAGCAUGCAGCGAAGCCCAUCAAAGCAAUAUUCUUCAGUUAUUACAUACAAAGAUGAUCAAGAGAUUGUGUAUUUUCUUAGCUCCUCUGGGACAGUAGUUGCUUGCAAUUUGACAUGCAAGUGCUUCUUUGAGUAUCCUAGGUUGUUGCCUGUUUUCAGUGAGUACUCCAUUGAUAUCGUGGAGUGCAAUGGUGAGAUGGUGGUUGUUUUGUUAUCAGAAUUCUUGGAAAGCACAAGUCUUAGGGUGUGGAAAUAUGAUGAGGCUAAUCGAUGCUGGCAACAGAUUGCAGCCAUGCCUGCAGCAAUGUCUCAUGAAUGGUAUGGAAAGAAGGCAGAUAUUAAUUGUGUUGGAGCUGGCGAUCGAAUUUUUGUAUGCUUGAACUCUCUUGAGCUAUGUACUUACAUUGUGUGUGAUUUGGUGACCAACAAUUGGGUUGAAUUGCCAAAAUGUUGCAUAAAUGGAGAAAUCAUGGAGUUCAUGUCUGCAUUUUCAUUUGAGCCAAGAAUAGAGGCUUGUGUGUGAGACUAAAAUUUCCCAGCCUUGGUAUCUUGAUUUUGUUCAUCAUUCCUUUGUGUUCUAUUAGCUUAAAUGUUCUUUUCAUUUGUACUUAGUGCAGAUUGGUAUGAAAAUAGAGAUGGAAGCUCUAACCAAAUGAUUGAUUGCUAACUGAGAUAUUGUAAUUCUCUUUAUUGAUUGUUAGAUGUAUACACCGUUUUCAGUUAAUGGUAUUAUCAAUGAAUGACCUUGUUAACGAUC